UCGUGCGCCGGGCGCUCCUUUUGUAAACAACUCCAUAAUUGGCCGGUACAUCAAAGCUCCGUCGACGUAGAUUCCUCGCCGAAACCUCGUCCUUCCCUCAGCCUCGAUCACUCGCUAGUGGGCCGGUCGCACAAGUGCGGAAUGUCAGGAUGAGAUUCGAAGAAUCGAGUGACAGUGCCGGACUCGCUCGAGUGGCUCGCGGAGAUGCGAGGCAGUGAGAUUACGGCACCGGGCGGCAGCGCAUGUAUUCUAUGGCCGGCCCGAGAGGACAGUAACUCGCGAGGAACAUUUUUUUCCGCUGCGUAGAAGUUUCACCCUUUCAAAUCCAUAUAUCUGCGGGUAUUUUAACGGUCUAUUUUGAAAAUACUUCCUUGGGAAUUUGAGAAUGACCCUACCCGACGCCGCUAGCGCCACUGUUGCACGGUGAACAUAUAGUACCACCGGUGGGAAAAUCUACGAGGAAGAUGGGCCCCGGCGCGGCCGGAAGCGGCGGGGAGUGAGCGUCGCUCCGGCUUGGCAGACACCGGAAGUCCAAGAUCCUCGGACUUGAGCGCGAUCGAACGCCUGGAGAACGUCCUCUGAUGAGAAAGGGCGAGAGAGGGCGAAGGGAGCGAGAAAGGGCCUCGCACGGAGCCCGGGAAUACCACUGACGAAGGAUGUGACGAAGGCCGUGAGCGUGACCGUAACGCGUUGUCUUCCGCACGCAAGAUGAGGGCGCGUCGUCUGGGGCCGUUCCUGCCUUCCCUCCUGUUCCUGUUGCUGCUCGCCGGAUUCCCUCUGGGUCGCUCGGAUGACCUCCCUGCUGCCGGGCCCGGGACACGGACUGCAGAUAAAGAUCCUUCUAUGGAGGUUCAUCGACAGGGACAUUCGCCGCAUGCCGAAUUGCCGACUUCGAAAGCGAAGCGAGAACAAGCACUGCGUAACAUCCUCGCAGCCCGUAGGCGACAGAUUCUGGGUCAGAGGUCGAACGACCAUUCGAAGAUUCCGAAUCCGAUUCGAACAGCCAGACCACGGGGAAGCAUGACCAAGAACACAGCUGAGAUCUUGGAGGCCCAGGAGUCCAGACACGCGAUGUACGUUGCAGCUCCUCCAGGAUCUCAAACGGAGAUAGACCUUAAAGAAGAAUCAGGAGAACCGUCGAAACAAAUCCCGUUCAAGGUUGGGUCAGAGGCAUUGGAUUCCACGAAGGAAAAUCGAAGCGUUACAACAAAUGGCCCAACACCCGCCAGGAAGAUCGCGGAGUCAAAAAGCUCGAGCAACGAAAGCUCGAAGAUAUGGCCAAGCGAAGAUAAGGAGGGCACGACUCUGGGCAGUCAAAGGAUGUCCCAUAGAGACUCGGUGUCCAGAGAUCCUUCCAUUGGAACUUUAAUCACCCAAAAGAAUCAGGAUCACGAGGUCAAAGGGAGGAAUACCGUGUCCAUGCCGGAAUCUUUGUACAAUCAUUUUAGACCAGUGGAGAGUAACAUCCCUGUUGAAGAUAUGACUCAGUUUCUCUACUUCGGGCAAAAGCUCCACCCAGAAACGCCUAAUACCACCAGCAGUAACUCCGUAGAGGUAACGUCUACCGCCCCGACCGUUUCCAGCUCUCGGAAGAGAUACAAUUCGAAGCGAUUCGGUGCAACAGUUGCAUCAACCGUCCCUCGACUGGAGGACAUAAUGAACGAGGAAAUGAACAUCACCGUCGAACGGCAAACGGUGGAGAGAAAUAAAGUAUCAAGAAUCAAGAACACUUUCCGGAGUCCUGGCAGCGGUCUUUAUUACCGAAAACCACCGGUUAGGCCAUCCGAUCCUACCAUCGUGUCCAACGUCAUUCCAACUCGCGAUAACAGAAAUUCCACGGUGGCAGGAAGUAGCGUUAAAAGCGAGACCGAUUCCCGAGCGGCUAAAUUCCCAACAAACCCGUUCACUCACGCCACCAGAGACGGAGGCUCAGCCUACGACAACAGCACGAAAAGUGUCGACGAGCCGACCCAGAUUCCAAAGGUAGAGCGGCAUCGAGGAGGAGAAAAGAGACUGCCCGAUGGGGACGGAAAUCCAGAAGGUGCGAUAGAUCAAGAAACUCGUCCAAAAAGCGAGGACGGCAACGCCCAAGAUAGGAGCACGAGGCAGCAGGCCGUCAAUUCUGAAACUUUCCACGAGAACGAAAAGAACCUAAGGAACCUGAAGGGUCCCCUGGUGGAGAACGACCCGGGAAGAGGCUCAGUCAACGGGAGCGCCGGCAAAAGAACGACGAUCGAGCUCCGUUCCGAGCCGAUGGAGACGGACAUGGACGGCCAGCACUCGGAGCCGCAUAAAAAAACGGGAGCAAUUUCGAGUUCGACAGUUCUCGAUACGGUUUCCGGUCUUCCAGUGGAAAGCGCAAAGCCCGGAAACGCCGGGAAUCCGCAGACAAUGCCCGAAACCAGUGGAAACAAGGCUAGGUCAGCUCCCACUUCCACCCCAACUCCACCGGGCGAGACGACGGAGCCGCGCAAAAAAACGGGAGCAAUUACGAGUUCGACAGUUCUCGAUACGUUUUCCGGUCCUCCAGUCGAAAGCGCAAAGCCCGGAAACGCCGGGAAUCCGCAGACAAUGCCCGAAAUCAGGGGAAGCAAGGCUAGGUCAGCUUCCACAUCCACCCCAACCCCACCGGGCGAGACCACGGAGCCCCUCAGGAUAGUGGUACCGGAGGAGUCCCCACUUCCCAGCAACGGCACCAACGUCUCCCCAACGCCGACCGGCGAAAAUCCCGUUAAAGCUUUGAGUUCUGCGUCGCACUCGGUCGCGCCAGGUGAGACUCCCUCCACCCCGAAUCCUCGGCAAGUCCCGUCUCCCUCUUCGAGACCUUCGCCGGCGGUCGGCAGUACCUCGGCACCUGCCGUCCUGACGGCGCUGCAGCACGUGUACGCAUACACGAUAACUAACGUGACGCGCCUAUUGCGCAACUAUACCGGACCUGGGUUAAGCGAAGAGAAGCGCCUCGCUGUUACGCCGGGCGUCGGGAGCGCCGCGGAGAUAAGGACCAGUCGGCCGGCCGGUAUAGAGGCGGCGCAUCCACGGCCGGAACCCAGUGCCGGCACGGCCGUUGAAGGAGCAGCAGCGAGUAACCCGAGCGAGCGCAAGAGAAAGACCGGUCUCCACCGGCCGGGAGCGCUCCCCAGAAGUGGACCGAUCGGAAUCGGAACCGGAAGUCGGUCCGGCGUCGCGGGGACGGGAACCAGACCCAGGAACCGGGAGUCCGACGGAAACGAGGAGAGGAGAGUGUUGGCCAAGUCGGCCAGUGCCGUGCUGAACCAGAGGACGGCUACCAGGGGAAGCGGUCCCCAUGAUAGGGCACCUGACAAGUCGGCGAAGGAUUUUCAGGUCGGCGAUAGAGUGAUCAAGGUGGAGGUGGACGAGAUAGCGGGCGAGGACGCGAAAGAGGAGGUGAAGAGUUUGGCGGGGGAGAAGAGGGAAAUCGAAGACACGGGGGGAAAGGAUGCGAGCGGCGGGCAAGGGCUACAGGAGGUUGGACAUUCCGAUGGAGAGUUGAAGAGCCAGGAAAAGGUUGAGAUGGGGGAGGAGUCGGGAAGAGAAGUUGCGCAGGAUGCUUCUGCGAGGGUGCCGGUCAAUGGGACGGCUUUUAUGGGAGAAAACGAGCAGGAAGGGACUACCGUGAAGAGCAUGGGAGAUGCGGAGGUGAAGAAGGCUCGAGAGAAUGGGGAGCAAAUAAUCGCGCCUUUGGUCGAGCCUGGAAACGAGGAAGAGAAGAGGAUAACGGGCGAAAGCGGUGAGAAAGUUUACAGGGAGCGAGUCGAUGGGAUCCCCUCGGGGAGAGGGAAUAUCAGCGAUGCGGAGAAAAACGGCACCGCGGAGAGUGUCAGGGUCGAGGACGUCGGUAAACGGCCGUCGAGCGAGAGCGAUACGAAGUCCACGGACGAGCACUCGGAGAUGCCGACGAAAGCUUUUAGAGAACCCGAUGAAACUCCCGGGACGAUUCCUGUCUUUCCGGUUACUCCCAAGAUCCUGACGGACGUCAAUAGAACCUCCACCGACGACGGUGCCGUUCUAAAAUCUGCCAACACCACCAAAUCCCCGGACCCUCGACCUCUCGUGUCUCCGCCGGAAUCAAAAAGGCCAUUCGGAAUUGCGGAACAAUUAGAUCCGUCGGAGAUUCAGAAGUUGUACCGUUCUUCCAGCACGGCAAAGCCCGAAGGUCCCGCCACUUUGGACGUCACCACCGAGAACCCUACCCUGGAUCCCCAGGAAGCUCCGACCAUUUCCCCCUUUCAGGAAGCCGUUUCCAAAGACCCUCGCAAGAGCAGCGAGCGGUCGCCGGAAGUCAGAGCUAGGAACCUAUCCGACGAGAACAAGGACAAAGACGAUGUUUUACCUAUAAUGCACUUGUACAACACGUCGGACAUCUUUAACGGCAGCGUCGCGACGGACUCUCGGACUCGUGGAACCGCUUCGACUUCCCUCGAUCUUCCCACAAAGGCGCACAACUCGGAGGCUCAUAGAGCGAGAGCUGAUGACGGGGUCUCCGCUUCUAAAACCACGACCGCAAACCCACAGUUGCAUGGCGUUCGUACAAAAAGUGGCGACGACAUCCUUCGCCAUCGGGAACUUCCUGAUUCCAUCGAGGCCGGCCUAUCGGGUCGCAAAGACCGUCCCGAGGGAAACCGCGAUCCUGGGACGACCGCGAACACCAGGGCUUCGAACUCCUCCGGACAGGUUGGAGCGAACAACCGGACCCGACAUCGACCGGCGUAUCAUUAUUCCUUGCCGGAUUUCAAUGGCUCUACCGUCUAUCCCGCGGAAUUGAACAGGACGUUCUUUGAACCGGGGCUAAUGGUUGGUGCUACGAGAGAUGCGGUGAACAUCAGUGAAGUGAUCUCAAAGAGACACGAUGGCGAUACCAUUGCUACCCAGGAGACGGUUGCCGUCGUCAGCUACAUCUUGGCAACUCUCGUUGUUUUCCCCAUCGCGGUCGGUGUGGGACUGAUCCUCAGAAGACUGAUCAUUAGGAAUCGUAAGGUGCUGGAAGAAUCGGACACGUCGUCCGAGAUAAGCUGCAGAAAGAACGCUCUGAAUCUCGAAAGUGGAGACUUCAAGACGUCGAUCGAGAAAGCGAUUACGAAGCUGCCUAGGAUACAGCAUCUGUGUCACGAAGCGGAAAAGCCGCCGCCACCACCGCAGCAGGAAUCGAGGUGGGAGUUCCCUAGGGAUAAACUCAGGUUACAGACGGUGCUGGGUCAAGGGAACUUCGGCCAAGUUUGGAAAGCCGAAGCUGAUGAUCUUACCGGUCAUCAAGGUACGACUCGCUUGGUAGCUGUAAAGACUGUAAAACAGGGUGCUUCCGCCAGGGAAAAGGAGGAUCUGGUGCGAGAGCUCGAAAUUAUGCAGCAAUUGGGGAACCAUCCAAACGUCGUUACGCUUCUAGGCUGCUGUACGGAGGAAGAACCGCACUACCUGAUCCUGGAGUACGUCAUGUACGGGAAGCUCCUGGCAUAUUUGCGGGAUCAUCGCACCAGGCAGGACUUUUACAAUUUCAGCGAGGAUUCCGCAGCCCUGACGUCCAGGGAUCUCACGGUUUUCGGAUACUGCGUCGCCAGGGGUAUGGAGUACCUCGCCUCCAAAAAGAUUAUUCACCGCGACCUGGCUGCGAGGAAUGUCCUUGUGGAUCACAAUAAACUCUGCAAGAUAGCGGACUUCGGUAUGUCAAGGUUCGCCAACGAGGACGGAGAAAUCAUCGAAACUAGGCACGGAAGGAAUGCCUUGCCGAUCAGGUGGAUGGCUCCAGAGUCGCUAAUUUACUCCCUUUUCACAACCAAAACCGACGUCUGGAGCUUUGGGAUCCUCAUGUGGGAAAUCGUCACCCUCGGCUCGACGCCGUACCCGGACAUGAGCGCCAGGGAGGUGAUGCGAAACGUGCAGAGCGGAUAUCGGCUGGAGAGGCCUUCCCAUUGCCGAAGUGAGCUCUUCAGGGUGAUAUCGAGGUGCUGGCAUGCCGAUCCCGAUCGACGACCGGAGUUUCAGACCUUAAGGAGGGAUCUAGCCCAACUGCUCGAGGACAACAUGAACGGACACUACGUCGACCUGGAGAGCUUCGCCUCGGAGUGCACCGACUGACAAAGAGCCAUUUCUGGCAUGUAUCAUUUUAUGUAAGCUCGAGACAUCAAAAUCGAUAUAUAAUAUCGAUCGAUAGGUUUUACACGCGAGGCUUUGAACACCAUUCAGAGGCAUUUUUUCGAUGAACACUCGAGACGGGAAGUCAGAAAAGGGAAACUUGAAAAUUCUCUAGUACCUUCAGGACAUGAAAACUGUGACUAUUAUAUGCAAAUCGACCGUCCACAGCAAAUUGAGGCCUUUAGCCGUCUAUGCGGAAGCAAUUGACACUCGUGACAAUUGCAAACUUCAAUUGACGUAUGAGAUGGAUUUUAAGAAUGAUCGCCGAUGGUACGUUAAAUGGUACGAGUGAGAAUUAGACGUAGAAGCUUGACAAAGUAAAAAAAAGUAUUUUAUUUAGUAUUACUAUAAGUAGCCAGUUUGGUGAUAUAGGCGCCAUCUUCAGACACUUGUUACUUCGAUUGCUACGCAGUCAUAUUUAAAAUUCGGUGCCAGGGGUUUCGUCAAUCGAGGAAUAAAUGAUCUAGCUAUGCCCGGAAUGGUUGAGAAGUUCGAUCAGCUGAUGGAUCACAAAAGUGGUCCCAGGAUGUUCGUCCUGGAGGCGUUUCAUUUUCUGUCUUGUUAGUUCUCUGGCAUCGACCCUUCGCUCCCUUUUAGCGCCCACUUUUCGCGUAAAUCUUGUAAAUAUAGGGUAGGUACGUAAUUAAUCGCGCUGGCCACCAAUCAAAAUACCCCCAGGAAAAGGAUACGUUGGAAGUUUAUGCAUUACUUAGUAUCGCGAAUAGAGCGGUGGACGUAUCGCUAAGUUCUUUUUUCUUUUCCUCGUGUACGUUUUUAUUUUUAAUCAUUCUAGUCUCCCGACACGUUUGGGGUGGAAAUCGGUUUAUCGAUAGGUUACUGGUACCGAGAUAUAAUAUCGAUAUCAAUAUCUUUGGAAGUUCACUCUAACACUUCGUUUUUCAUAUUAAUGAGGCAACAUUGUAUUCGGGUUUGAUAUUUGAGAGUUGAUAUGUGAUUUGUUAUUGAUGAUACACAGGCUCGAAUGAAAUACCGAUUAAAGCCCUACUUUCGUCAGUUGAUAUUUUAUUAAGUUUUUAUUAUACUUUUUAUACACAUACGCACACUCUUGGCGCACUAUAAUAUCUAUCCCUGCGCUUCCCUGAAAAAGAUCCUUCCGUCCAUUAUUCCGUCGUAUUUCACGCACGCAACCUCAAAAAUCUGUACUUAGAGGCAGUUAUUGUGUUAAGGACAUUUUUUGACAGUAAAUGUUAUUGUAUUUUUA